GCGAUGUCGUUGAUUUUCUGGAUCCUUCCAGUGCUGCUACUGCUCUCUCGAUGCGCUGCCUUGCAGCACGCGAAGGUUCUGCACUCGAAAUCGCUGUUUGCAAAGGUACUAGUACUCAGCGUGAUGCCAUAUGAUGCCGCUCUUUUGUGGUGUGUUCGCAGGCCCAGGGGAAGAUCAAUGACACUACAGGCACCGAUGGCCGAUGGAAGCAGGCCCCCGGUGACUUCCACAGUGCGGUCCAAGGAAUGGUAUGUACGAUUGCAACAGACACGGAAGACACGGACAGUGUGGGACAUCCCUGCCUUGUCGGGCGUGUGUGUGCUUGAUAGACAGGUGCGUUUGAGGGAGACCGCCCUUCACAGGUCUGGCAGGGCGAUGGCUGGCUCGUCGAUGGCGAGAGAGUCGGCAACACAUGCACGGUAAUCAAGAAGGACGGGCAGGCGUAGAUCUACUUAACCAAUUCCUGGCGUAGAUGUGGUGACUGUGUUCGGUUCAUAUUGUUUCCCCAGCUGCCUCGCUGCAUGGUGGAGUGCAUUCAGUCCGUGUCGUGCCUCGAGAGCAUGUGCAGCAGUCCCACAUACAAGUGCAAGGACUCCGACUACAACACACCCUACGACCGGUGCUGCAAGGUACCCAAUGCAUCCAUCCAUCCAUCCAUCCAUCCAUCCAUCCACACACACACACACACACACACACACACAUGCUGCCCAUCUGCCCAGCGUUCGAGCGCACCAGCUGUCCCUGCAUCCACGGCCCCUCCGACGCCCACAAGACCACCUCCAAGUCCGUCUGCAGGCCCGAUUGUGACGGCACCGCCUGUGGUCGAUAAGGCCCCUCCUGCGGUCACCACGGCUGCCCCCUUGGUCAUUGGGAUUGGAGGGACAAGAACGGUAUCAGGCCAGAGCAGCCAGAGCAUGAUGACAGAUGACGUCAUGUGUUGCUCUGUUAUUCGGUCUCGUCAGGGCGGAGGGAGGCCCAUCCAUCGGGCAUUGUCAAAGCGUAUGGGGCACUUAGAGCCAUUGCAGGUGGAGGGGAGGAGGGGCAGGAUGGUAAACAAUGGAUAGAUAGUUCAGCAUUGCCUGACUGUCUGCAUCCAUACAUGCAUGGCAGACAGGCAGGCACAUGGCCAAUCCUUCGAGGAGACAGGGAGAGAGAGAGAGAUCGCACGAAUGAUAAGUCACUGGUUUUAGGCUUUGCACGGCGCAUAUACAGUGAUACAUACGAUGACGAAUUGAGGUCAACACCCAUGUGUGGAUCCAAUUCUCCAG